AUGAUUCUCCUUCUGCUUCUCAGUGUGCUGCUGGUGCCCUCUACUGAGGGCCAUGCUCUGGAUACACCACACCUUCCUCGGGAGCUGCCUCCAGGACUCUCAAAAAACAUCAACAUCACAUUCUUCAAUGGGGUAUUUAAAAACGUGGAAAGUGUGGCUGAAAUUUUUGACUGCCUAGGAUCCCACUUCACCUGGCUUCAGGCUGUCUUCACCAACUUCCCUGCACUCCUCCAAUUCAUGAACGGCAUGAAGUGCGUGGCUGGCCUCUGCCCCCGGGAGUUUGAAGACUAUGGUUGCGCCUGUAGAUUUGAGAUGGAAGGGUUGCCCAUGGAUGAGCCUGACAGCUGCUGCUUCCAGCACCGCAGGUGCUAUGAAGAGGCGGCUGAGAUGGACUGUCUGCAAGACCCCAGCAAGCUCAGUACAGAUGUGGACUGCAUCGGCAAGAAGAUCACGUGUGAGUCCAAGGACCCUUGUGAGCAUCUACUGUGUACCUGUGACAAGACCGCCAUAGAGUGCUUGGCUCAGUCUGGCAUCAACUCUUCCAUGAACCUUCUGGAUUCUUCCUUCUGCCUGGCUCAGACUCCAGAGACAACCAGCAGAAAGGAGCUGCUAACGCUUCUGCCCAGAGAGUCUCCUGUGGAGCCCACAGAUAUCAGCCUGACAGCUCUCUCAGGAGAAGUGGCUGCUAAGACCAGAGCUAACAGACUGACCACUCUAAGCCAAACUGAAGCCAGGACCCAGGAGCUUAUCUGGGAAAGCAAGGCUACUCCUCCUCCAGAAUCUGCAGAGAUUUUUGCUACAGUAAAAAAUAUAGCUCUCAGUUCUGCUGGUGCUCGAUCUGUGGGGUUGGUGAUGUCAUCUGUUGAAAGCAGCCCUGAGGAGACCACUGGAAAAGCCUGUGACAGACUCACUUUCCUCCAUCCGGGAAGUGGGCACAACACAUUGGUGAUGCCACAGCUUGGAGAGAUGCUCUUUUGCCUGACAUCCCGGUGCCCAGAAGAAUUUGAGUCUUAUGGCUGUUACUGUGGACAAGCAGGAAGAGGCGAACCCAGGGAUGCUCUGGACAGGUGCUGUUUAUCCCAUCACUGCUGCCUGGAGCAGAUGAGAAGGCUGGGCUGCCUGCCGGAGAGGCUUUCCCAGUCAGCGGUGAUGUGCGUGGAUCACAUCCCCAAGUGUGCUGGACAUAGCCUGUGCCAGAAGCUGCUGUGCGCCUGUGACCAGGUGGCUGCUGAGUGCAUGGCCUCUGCCUCUUUUAACCAAAGCCUCAAAUCGACAGACAGGCAAGAAUGCCAGGGCAUGCAGGUGUCCUGUGAUAGCAUGCAAGGAGGGCCUGCAGCCUCACCCCUGGGCUCCAGCUCUGAAGAGAACAGCGAGGAGGCCACAUCCCACAAGGAGGGCCCAAGAAGAGCCAGAAGAUUCCUGAGGAAGUCCCUUGGUCCCCUGGUGACUCCAUGACUCCUUGAAAGCUAGAUUCCCAGAGCAUGACAAGCAUAGCC